AUGCAUGCCAAGGGUGAUAAGGGUCACCAAUACCUGGGUGGUACUCAGAAGAAUUUUAGAGAAAGAGAAAUGAGCUGCAAUCAUGCAUACUACAAGCAGCAAAUGGCAUGCUGGGAAUGGGAUGACAGCAAUGGGUUGCACACUCCAAGACCACUCACAUCAGUAUGGGAGCAAGCCAAUGAAGCAGAGGUGCCAGUGGCCUCUGAAUGUCAUGAUGGGUCACAGAAGAAGAAAAGGGAUGACAUGUCCCUUGGACUACAAGACUUGACUGACAAGGAGGACAAUGCAGAAACACAGUCAUCUGUGAUCAUGCAAGAUGACUUCCCACCAGGAUGUCCAGGCAUAUAUUGCAAGGACAAGCAUGGGCAUAACUUUGAGACAGUCCAAUUAGGAGCUCAGAUCUGCACCAUGAUCAAAAGGGAGUAUAGGAAAUAUGAACAACUCAAGAUUGCAGUGAAAAAAGGUUGGCCCAUUAGCAUGAUUGACUUCAAGCAGAUUCCAAGGCAUAUCAUCAAGUGGCAAGACCAGCUAGAUCUGAUUCUUUGUAACAGGAGCCUCCACAAGCAGCAGCAUGUCUGGAAGUGUUUCGAGGCUGACUUGGUUGAAGAUGGGUGGAUGUUGGAAAAGCUAGCUUGCAUGUGGAACUCAGCACUGUGUUCCAGAUCAGCGAUUCUGGACCAUUUACAUUCUGGAUAUUAUGGUGACAAGGGAGCUGCAAUCAUCAAGCACACCCUCAUUGCCCUGUUCCCAGCAUCAGCAGAGUUGACUGCAGCAAUAUGGCCUCUGCUGCUUGCACAAUUCACGACAUACUUUAUGGUGCCCUACAUAGCAACCUUGCUGAUCACAGAUGAUUACAGUCCUACAACAGUUGUCAAGGCACACAAGAUUAUGGUUGCAAGUAGCAAUGUGGGUUCCCUCAUCCACCCCACAAAUGAUGACAAUGCAGAGUUGGAGGAGAUAUUUCAUAGAAACAUUGUCACCUUUUGA